CGCCCUCUGUGUCUGCACAAACUACUGGCCUGCGAGUUGUAGACCUGUAGUCUGGACUCAAAAGUCUUCCUCUUCAUUACUAGUUAGUGUACUAAUCAGUUUUGCCAGCCAAUUUUAGGUAAGUGAAGUGAUAGAAAAAUGCCUAGUUUUUCGAGGCAGCUAAGUGGAAAAGAAGGUUGGAAAUCCACGUAAUGGAGAUGGGGAGGGAACAACAAGUAUAACAACGUUUGUGGGAAUAGCUCUAGUGGGUUUGAGACAAGCUUAACUCAAAUGGAAGGUCUUAAAAUGUAUGGCAAUGGGGUUGACAAUGGCUUGGUAUUAAGGAAGAGAGUGAUGGUUGUAGUGGACCAAAGCUCACAUUCUAAGCAUGCAAUGAUGUGGGCACUCACUCAUGUAGCUAACAAGGGUGAUUUGCUUACUUUACUUCAUGUUGUUUCUCCAAGCCAGAAGACUUCUGACUCUUCUUCUUGUUCUCCUUACCUUGCUAACUCCCUUGGAUCACUUUGCAAGGCUUGUAGACCUGAGGUAGAAGUGGAAGCACUGGCUAUCCAAGGGCCCAAGCUGGCGACAGUGAUGAGCCAAGUGAAGAAGCUAGCGGUUUCAGUGUUGGUACUGGGUCAGAAAAGGCCCUCUCCAUUCUUAAACUGCCUGAGCGGGAACAGCAGCGCUGAGAACUUUGUUGAGCAAUGCAUCAAUAAUGCAGAUUGCUUAACCAUAGGGGUCAGGAAGCAGAGCAAAGGGGUCGGUGGCUACCUUGUCAGCACCAGAUGGCAAAAGAACUUCUGGCUCUUGGCUUAGUUCUAGUUAAUUUUUAACUAAAUAACAUACAUGAUUCCGAGUUAGACAUCCAUCCGUGAUAUAUGCAGACAUAAAUCACUGUAAUAAUCUUAGCUUCUGAUCUAGUAUUUACUUGAUGUAUAAUUUUAUUACUAACUAUAAACUUAUAAGAAUUCAAAUUUUAGAAUAUGUAAUUUAUUAUUAUUAUUUUCAAGUUAUGGCUUUUUCUAUUUUUAAGUUACCAUCUUGCGUUCUUUAUCUUCAAAUUACAAUCUAUUAGUAAAAAAUUUUAAAGCAGGGGUGAUCUUUUAG